ACAGGACAUGUUGCAUGCUCCUUAACUUCCCUCCAUCUUUCUGUAACGUUGCGUAAAAAGGAGUAACCCAUGUUUGUCGUUUACCUGGAGAUUAUGGCAGCUAGUCUGAGGUGACAGGAGAAAAUGCCUGAGUACACCGGGGUGUAACCGAAGGGGAUCAGGCCCGAGGAUGGGAGGAGAGUCGGCCGGGGAUUUGUGAAGCCGAGCCGACCAAAGUAAACUGAGGACGGGGAUCCACCUGCGGCACGCCCCCGGGCAGCUGGAACAAAUAGCGGACCUCUCUGUCCUCCAUCCAGGUCAUCUGCUCCGGUGUCACACACUGUGGGAGAUCGUGGAUGUGUCCGGAGGAAGGAGAGAAGAAAGAGUUUUACCAGCUGGAUCGUUUAGUCAGUCGGGCGUUAUGAGGCAGGACGCAGUGGUAUGAGAGUUGUGAGGUCGGUGUUGUGAAUCCAACAUGGAGGUGAAGAAGAAUGCUCCCUCCAGCCCCACCUGCUACAGGAGCACCGUCAUCGCCGUCCUCCUCUUCUUCCUCCUCGUCGGGGUGUGUGUAGGCCUGUUUAUCGCCUACAUGGUGCAGGAGCGGCACUACUUCAUGGAGACGGUGGAGCUGAAGGGUCUGAAGUACAACCAGUCUCUGCAGCACGAGGGCUCUGGGUUCUCCAUCAUGCUGACCUCAGUCCUAAAGUCAAAGAUUAAAACUGUCUUCGCUGCCUCGUCGAUAUCGAAUCACUACGUUGAUUGGAGUAUUGUUGCCUAUGGAAACAUCAACGACGAGGUGAUGGCGACGUUCCGGCUGGCCUUCAGGGUCUCCAAGGUGCAGCAGUACUCAGACGGCUUCGUCCAGGACCUGCUGAGAGCCGGACUCGGAUCAGUGAUGCACGGCAGACCUCUGGAGGUGCCGGGAUUCGGAGAGAUCCACGCUAUCAUCUUACUGGGAGCCAGUGGGAAGUCUUUCUACGCUAUUGGAGAUGAGAUGAUGGCCAGGUGUCCUGACAACACGUUCGCCUGUGAUAACGGGGAGUGUGUCAACAAGUUGAAUCCAGAGUGCGACUUCAUCUCCGACUGUGCCGACGGAUCUGAUGAGGCUCGAUGUGCCUGCGGUACUCGUCCGGCUAUGGGGAGUCGGGUGGUGGGGGGGGAGGACGCCCGGCACGGGGAGCUGCCGUGGCAGGUGAGUCUGCGGCUGCAUGGACGCCACACCUGCGGAGCCUCCAUCAUCAGCGAGCGCUGGCUGGUCAGCGCCGCUCACUGCUUCGAGAGGGACGACGACCCCAGAGAGUGGACGGCCCUCGUCGGGGCCCGACUGGUGAACGGAGACGAGUCCGAGUCCACGAUCAUCAACAUCAAGUCUCUGGUGGUGUCUCCGGACUACAACCCGAUGACCACCGACAACGACGUGACGGUGCUGGAGCUGGAGACCCCCCUCACCUUCAGCUCCUACGUCCAGCCCGUCUGCCUGCCCUCCCUGUCCCACGUGUUCGCCCCCGGGCAGAGCUGCAUGGUGUCCGGUUGGGGAGCCCUGCACAUGUUAAACGCCGAAGUUCCUCCCGUGCUGCAGAAGGCCGUGGUGAAGAUCAUCGACUCCAAGGUGUGCAAUAAGUCAGCGGUGUACAGAGGAGCCGUUUCUCACAACAUGAUGUGUGCCGGCUUCCUGCAGGGCAAGGUGGACUCCUGUCAGGGUGACUCUGGAGGGCCUCUGGUGUGUGAGGGGGCCCCGGGGCGCUUCUUCCUGGCCGGGGUGGUGAGUUGGGGUGUGGGCUGUGCUCAGAUCAACAGGCCCGGGGUCUACUCCCGCAUCACCAAGCUCCGCAACUGGAUUCUUAGCCACACCGACCCCAGCCUGGUCCACGACUCCCCUCAGUCUGCCGUGCCGGUCACCGUGAUAGAGGGAGGCUUCAAUCACCCCCCAGUACCCGGGACCACGGCUACUGAAGUGACCCCUGCUCUGACACUCAAUGGUAUGAACUGCAGUGGAAACUUCCAGUGUAGCGCCACCGCCUGCAUCAGCAAGGUCAACCCGGAGUGUGACGGCGUCUCAGACUGCGCUAAUGAGGCCGACGAAAGAAACUGUGACUGCGGCCUACGUCCUGCGCUGGGCUCCCAAAGGAUCGUGGGUGGAGUGACGGCUCGCAGGGGGGAGUGGCCUUGGAUCGGCAGCCUGCAGUACCAGAGGCUGCACCGGUGUGGCGCCACACUCAUUCACAGCAAAUGGUUAAUCACUGCGGCACACUGCUUCAAAAGUGACGCCAACCCCUCUAACUGGGCCGUGAGUCUGGGGUCAGUGCUGCGCUCGGGGGUCGGAGCGCUGGUCAUCCCCAUCCAGAGGGUCGUCCUCCACCCGGCCUUCAACGGCACCAACAUGGACCAUGACGUGGCUCUGUUGGAGCUAGUGGUCCCGGCCCCCAUGUCCUACACCAUCCAGUCCGCCUGCCUCCCCUCGCCCGUGCAUCGUUUCCCCAAGGAGGCAGAGUGCUACGUCACAGGCUGGGGGUCCAUGAGGGAGGGAGGCUCGUUGACCAACAUGCUGCAGAAGCUGCUGAGCAUCAUAGAGCAGCCAGACUGCCAGCGGUCAUACAGAGACGCUCUGACUCCUAACAUGAUGUGUGCCGGAUACAUGGAGGGAGGCCGGGACACCUGUUGGGGUGACUCCGGGGGCCCGCUGACCUGCCGUGAGCCGUCCGGUCGCUGGUUUGUUGCGGGAGUGACCAGCUGGGGACACGGCUGUGGGCGAAUCGGCUUCCCGGGGGUGUACACUCGUACCACGUCCAUCCGGAAAUGGAUUUCUACAUACCUGCCUUUCUGAGGAAAAAAGGUGCUGACACGGACAGAGGGGAUUUCCCCACCAUUUCUUCUUUAAAAAAUGUACUGUAAGGACUAAAAUCAUGCCACAUGAUGAUAGUGUCCUCAGUGUUGACCCGCGUGACCUUCUGGUGCUGUUUAUUAUACUGUGUGGUCAUCUGAACUGGGACUAACCUGGUCUAUAAGGAGCAUAAUGAGUCGUGGCUCAUGGACGUUUUGCAUUCACAAUAUUUAUUUCACUUAUUUAUUAUUUCUCCGAUCGGUAAACUUGAUUUUCAUGGUGCAUUUUUUGUGUGGGGUUCAGAAUAUAUGUGGUUCAUUUAUGGGUUGUCUUUUUUCGUAUCUAUUCUCAGAAAUAAAGACAAAGAUUUGAUGUUAUAUUUGUGACUGAAAAGUGGGUUUCUGGGAAAAAUAUAUUUCCUUUUGACAAAGUUGAAAGAUCUUUCUGUUUAUUUGGGAAUGUAGAGGACUCGGGUUGAUGGGAUUUAUUGACUACUCUUUAAAAAUAGUUUCAUUUCUCUCACAAUGAUGCUGAAAAUAGCUGUAGUGGCUCUCUCAAAAAAAAAAGAGGACUGUGGUUACCAGACAUCUGACAAAGCC